AUGCCGGCGGCGGCGAUGCGGGGGGACAUCACGUACAGCGGGCGGGCGCGGCGGGUGGCCGUGCUCCGCUGCCUCGUCGCCGCCAUGGUGGUCACCAUCCUCCUCGCGGGGCUGGCGGCGCUCAUCUUCUGGCUCGUGGUCCGGCCCAAGCCCAUCGACUACACCAUCACCGGCGCCGUGGCGCGCCACUUCAACGUGACGCCGCCACCCGACGCCACGGCCAACGCGACGUUCUACCUCACGCUCGCCACCGACAACCCGAACCGGCGCGUGUCGAUCCUGUACGAGUGGGUGGAGUUCCGCGUGCUGUACGGCGAGGCGGCGCAGCUGGCGAUCGAGGACGCGCCGGCGCCGUUCUGGCAGCCGCACCGCAACGAGACGCGGCUGGAGGUGCGCGCCGUGGCGCGGUCGGUGCCCGUCGGGGAGCAGACCGCGCGGGAGCUGCGGCACGACCUCGCGGCGGGGCAGGUGGGCGUCGACGUCCGGAUGCGCGCGCGCGUCCAGUUCAAGGUCGGCGGCGUCAGGAGCAGGCGCUACGACCUGCAGGCGUUCUGCUCGCCCGUCGUCAUCGGCCUCGCGCCGUCGUCUGCAAGGUCGUUCCAGAGCGUGCCGUGCGACGUCGCCAUCUCGUGA